AUGCAAAAUAUUAACUCGCAAGAGAAUUACUACAAGCAGCAAGCUGACCCACCCAGUUGGGCAACCUCAAGAGAGCCGAGCAUCAAUCACAUUGACAUUGAUGACAAACUCAAGCCAGAAGCCGCUGCCAAUGCUACUGCUAAUGCCAAUGCUCCAUCUCCUGCUCCAACUACCUUGUGGGGUCGAUUCACUGCCAGCAAAGCCCGAGUCGCAUUGCUUGUAACGUCCAUUACCUUGCUCGUCUUGGCUGCCAUUGUCAUUCCAUUGGUCAUCUUUGGCAUCAGCGCUAAAGAUGAGCAUCAACAGCAAAAGGACUCUCAUAACAAUCCAAACAGCAAUCCUCAUCUCAUUACGCCUGGUUCGCCCGACUACAAAGAUCCCUUUGACGACUCUGUUCAAGCCCAUAAUUUCACGCCUCCCCUCAACAAGCCUUUCCGCUACAACGCUGAAGACCGUAUCCGUGGCAUCAAUUUGGGUGGGUGGCUUGUGCUGGAGCCUUUUAUCACGCCCAAGCUGUUUGAGCAAUUUGGGCCAAAUCAAACUGUCAUUGACGAAUGGAGCUUAUGUGAACGUCUGGGACCCGAGGAAGCCAAGCGACAAUUGCAACAUCAUUACGAAACGUUCAUUACGGAAGCCGAUUUCAAGAGAAUAGCCGAAAUGGGGUUCAAUCAUGUUCGCAUUCCUACUGGACAUUGGGCAGUUCAAGUCUUAGCUGAUGAGCCUUUUGUUCCCUUCAUCUCCUGGCAGUAUCUCCUACAGGGCAUUCAAUGGGCCAGGAAGUACGGGCUCCGUGUGAUGGUGGAACUACACACUGCUCCUGGAUCGCAAAAUGGCUGGAAUCACUCUGGUAAAUCGGGCAUGGUCGGCUUCUUGAACGGUACCCAGGGCGAGUCCAAUGCAGACAGAACACUUCAAAUUGCAACUGAAAUGAUUCGAUUCUUUGACAAACCCGAGUGGGCCAACGUGGUGCCUUUGUUUGGUGUUCUCAAUGAGCCCGCCAUGAUGAAAAUUCCUGCUGCCAAGGUCAAGAGCUGGUACCAGACAAGCUAUAAUGCCAUCCGCAAGCUGCUCGGUCCUGGUCGUGGCCCUCUAUUGACCUACCACGAUGGCUUCUCCCCCCUCAGCACCUGGAAUGGGUUCUUUGGAAAGCAAUAUGAGCGUGUGGUUCUGGAGACACAUUUGUACAUGAUCUUUAACAAUGGUCUUGUAUCCAUGCCGAGAAACCAGCAGUCUGAAUUCCCUUGCACUGCCUGGAAAAAGGACAUUGGCGAGGCAACGAUUCAUGUGGGCCCUACCAUGGUGGGUGAGUUCUCUAUAGCUACAAACGAUUGUGCCAAGUACUUGAAUGGUGUUGGAUUGGGCGCACGCUAUGACGGUACGCUGGAGCAAGAAGGAGCACCCACAGCGCCCGUUUGUCCCACUUGUUCCUGUGAAGGUGUGGAUGACUGGACAAAGUUUACGCCUGAAUACAAACAGUUCUUGCUGCAAUUCAUGGAGAAGCAGAUGGACGCCUACGAAGCGGGAGUAGGGUGGUUUUACUGGACAUACAAGACAGAAGACCACGUUAAUCCUCACUGGGAUUACUUGCUCGCUUGGGAACAGGGUUAUGCUCCAAAGAACGUCAAUUUACGCAGCAACUCAUGUGCACCCGUCAAAAAGCAAUUAGAAUAG